UGGUUCAUGGAAAUCACACCAUUCAGUAGAGUGCAGUUGCUUGUGUUGGCUAUUUUAAUUCAAUUUGUUUCACCUGAGUUGGUGUUCGUCGGUACAGGCUGACAACCGGUUAAUAAAGUGGGAAGAACACUGACUGUAUAAAUCCGUUCGGCUAUCGGAAAACAGAAAUGAGUAAUUUGCAGAACCCCGCAAAAGUUGCUUUGCGACAAAAAUUGAAAAUAGUGUUGGACAACAUGAGUAGCUCAUCCCGAGUUAAUCAAUCGAAGCACAUUGCAAAUAAGAUCCAGCAGCUACCAUUCUACUCCAACAGCCAAAGAAUAAGCAUUUACUUGAGCACAGAAGGAGAAGUCAACACCGUUCCAUUGAUUCAAGAAAUGUUCCUUCAGAGGAAAGAGGUUUUUGUUCCAACGUAUAACCGCACCGCAAUGAAGAUGGUGAGAAUCAACGAUAUGGCCGAUUAUGAUGGGCUUCCGACGACCAGCUGGAAUAUUAAACAGCCAAACUUUGACGACAGCAACCGGGAAGACUGCUUGGCAACAGGACUGGACUUGAUUAUUUUACCCGGAGUGGGCUUCACUCGCAGUGGUCAUCGGCUGGGCCACGGUGGUGGUUAUUACGAUCGCUUUCUCGUCGAAUACUUCAAAAAGUUCCCAAACGCAUCGUCUACCUCGGGAGCGGACAGUCGAAAAACUUACCUGGUUGGUGUAGCAUUCCGCGAGCAAAUCGUCCCCGAAGGUCAAAUACCAAUGGCGGAUCAUGACUUCCCUCUGGAUAUGGUUAUCUGGUCGGACGAUUCAAACUCCGAGUGACUUCCAACGGAGCAACGUAUGGAAUAGUUUCUUUCAACGCAGAAAAAUAAUGCAAUUUAAUUUAAGUUUUAUUUCGUUUCAUACGAGCUCACAAUUGCGCUUGUUCGUUUCUACAAUCUACUAAACAUAAGCUACUAUGUACAAUAUCCGCUUUUAUUCGUUUUUAUCUAGACUUACAUCACUAAAUGACUAAAUCACAAUAAAGUUAGCGGCAAUCAUGGAAUGGUUCCGAAGAAUA